CUGGCGGACCCGGGGAGCAGCUAUUGAGGCCCCCCGGCUCUCGGAGGCUGCAGGCCGCGCGGCCAGGCUGAGCCCCAGCCGUCGCGCCGCCGCCGGUGCGCUCCCUUCCAUCAUGCUGUGGCGGGGCAGCCAGGCGCUCCGGCGCUUCUCCACCGGCCGGGCCUAUUUCAAAAACAAGCUGAAGCUGGCACUUAUUGGUCAGAGCCUUUUCGGACAGGAAGUGUACAGUCACCUCCGCAAAGAGGGCCACCGAGUUGUGGGCGUGUUCACGGUUCCAGACAAGGACGGCAAAGCUGACCCGCUGGCUUUAGCUGCAGAGAAAGAUGGGACCCCCGUGUUCAAGUUCCCCAGAUGGAGAGUCAAGGGCAAGACCAUAAAGGAGGUGGCAGAGGCCUACAAAUCUGUGGGUGCUGAGCUAAACGUACUUCCCUUCUGCACACAGUUUAUCCCCAUGGAUGUAAUUGACAGCCCAAAGCACGGCUCCAUCAUAUAUCACCCCUCCAUCCUUCCCAGGCAUAGAGGAGCCUCUGCUAUCAACUGGACUCUAAUUAUGGGAGAUAAGAAAGCUGGGUUUUCUGUUUUCUGGGCUGAUGAUGGUUUAGACACAGGACCCAUCCUUCUUCAGAAGUCAUGUGAUGUUGAACCCAAUGAUACAGUGGAUGCACUUUAUAAUCGGUUUCUCUUUCCUGAAGGAAUCAAAGCCAUGGUGGAAGCUGUUCAACUCAUAGCCGAUGGAAAAGCUCCUCGCAUUCCCCAACCAGAAGAAGGAGCAACAUAUGAAGGCAUCCAGAGAAAGGAAACUGCUGAGAUUUCUUGGGAUCAGUCUGCCGAAGUUUUGCAUAACUGGAUCCGAGGUCAUGAUAAAGUCCCUGGAGCUUGGACAGAGAUAAAUGGACAGAUGGUCACGUUUUAUGGCUCGUCAUUGCUGAAAAGCUCCGUGCCUUCUGGAGAACCACUGGAAAUCAAAGGUGCCACGAAGCCUGGUCUUGUUACCAAAAAUGGACUUGUUCUUUUUGGUAAUGAUGGAAAAGCACUGAUGGUGAGGAAUUUGCAGUUUGAAGAUGGAAGAAUGAUUCCAGCCUCUCAGUACUUUUCAGCGGGUGAGACCUCAGUGCUAGAACUUACAGCCGAAGAGGUGAAGGUGGCAGGGACCAUCAAGGACAUCUGGGCUGGAAUUUUAAGCAACGUCCCUGUUAUUGAAGACUCGACAGACUUCUUUAAAUCUGGAGCAAGCUCAAUGGAUGUUGUCAGGCUGGUUGAAGAGAUCAGACAGAAGUGCGGUGGGCUUCAACUACAGAAUGAAGAUGUCUAUCUGGCCACCAAGUUUGAAGACUUCAUUCAGAAAGUUGUGAGCAAACUGAGAGGAGAAGAAUCGGAAGAGGAGCUGGUGGUGGAUUAUGUUUCAAAGGAGGUCAAUGAAAUGACAGUGAAAAUGCCAUAUCAGUGUUUCAUAAAUGGACAGUUCACAGAUGCUGAUGAUGGAAAGACCUAUGAUACUAUCAACCCAACAGACGGAUCUAUAAUAUGCAAAGUAUCCUAUGCUUCUUUGGUGGAUGUUGAUAAAGCAGUAGCAGCAGCAAAAGAUGCCUUUGAAAACGGUGAAUGGGGAAGAAUGAAUGCAAGAGAAAGAGGAAGGUUGAUGUACAGACUUGCAGACCUACUGGAAGAGAACCAGGAGGAGCUGGCAACCAUUGAAGCCCUUGAUUCAGGGGCUGUCUACACCCUGGCUCUGAAGACUCACAUCGGAAUGUCUGUGCAAACAUUCAGAUAUUUUGCUGGCUGGUGUGACAAAAUUCAGGGUUCUACUAUUCCAAUCAACCAGGCCCGUCCAAAUCGCAAUCUGACCUUCACCAAGAAGGAGCCGCUUGGGGUCUGCGCCAUUAUCAUCCCCUGGAAUUACCCACUGAUGAUGCUGGCGUGGAAAAGCGCCGCGUGUCUGGCGGCGGGUAACACGCUAGUGCUCAAGCCAGCGCAGGUCACACCCUUGACUGCUUUGAAGUUUGCUGAGCUCUCCGUGAAAGCAGGCUUUCCCAAGGGGGUAAUCAAUAUCAUCCCAGGCUCAGGUGGCAUAGCUGGGCAACGCCUUUCUGAACAUCCUGAUAUCCGUAAACUUGGUUUCACUGGGUCCACUGCUAUUGGCAAGCAGAUCAUGAAGAGCUGUGCUGUGAGCAACCUGAAGAAAGUUUCCCUUGAACUUGGUGGCAAAUCCCCACUUAUAAUAUUCAAUGACUGUGAACUUGACAAGGCCGUGAGAAUGGGCAUGGGGGCAGUAUUUUUCAACAAAGGAGAGAACUGUAUUGCAGCCGGGCGCUUGUUUGUGGAAGAAGCCAUCCACGAUGAAUUUGUGACAAGAGUGGUGGAAGAAAUUAAAAAGAUGAAAAUUGGUGAUCCACUUGACAGAUCUACCGAUCACGGGCCCCAAAAUCAUAAGGCCCAUCUGGAAAAGCUUCUGCAAUACUGUGAAGCUGGAGUGAAAGAGGGGGCCACCUUGGUGUACGGGGGAAGACAAGUUCAAAGACCAGGAUUUUUUAUGGAACCAACUGUGUUCACAGAUGUGGAAGACCACAUGUAUCUUGCCAAAGAGGAAUCAUUCGGGCCCAUAAUGGUCAUUUCUAAGUUCCAAAAUGGGGACAUCGAUGGAGUGUUGCAGCGAGCAAAUAACACAGAGUACGGUUUGGCCUCAGGGGUUUUUACAAGAGACGUAAACAAAGCCAUGUACGUGAGCGAGAAACUAGAAGCGGGAACUGUUUUUGUUAACACCUACAACAAGACGGACGUGGCCGCCCCUUUCGGUGGGGUUAAACAAUCUGGCUUUGGGAAAGACUUAGGUGAGGAAGCUCUAAACGAAUACCUCAAAACCAAGACUGUGACGCUGGAAUACUAGAGAGAGCUGUCGUCGGGAACCCCCUGCAGACAGCCUCACUCCUCAACUCUCUCGACACACUUGAGGAGCCUGGAUGUGCUGAAGGAGGAGCCGCGAGUUGAAAAAUCCACAGGUGGACCGCCAAGGGGGUCAGACCACACGUCUAAGCAUUUACACCCGUGCCUGAGUGUUUUCUACUGCACCUUUUAUACUUUCAAAUGAUUUGCAGUUGUUGGGUUUUGACUAUGUUGUAUCUCACAUGUAUUUAUAGACCGCCAAGCUGCUUUUUCUCCCCAACUAAUCUAGCCGUUGUUCAUCUUGAAAAAUGCCAGUAUCAGCCGGUUGUACUACACGAGGCGCAUUUUGGGGGAAACUUUGCAUAAUAAUGUGCAGAUUUUAACCUCCAAACUAUACCUAUGGGGCUGUUAAAAGGGUUUUCUAUAAUUUUGCUCUCAUGGAACAGUAUAUCCUAUAAGGAAUGUGAAAUGAAUUUUUUUUUCAUAUUUGGAAAUAAGAUACAUCUUUGUGCCUUUUGAUGUUCUAUUUUUCAACCCACUGUGAUGGGUAACGAACCCACAAACAGUUCUUCUAGGAAUGGGGUACUAUGUAAUGUUGUGAGCAGUAGACAGAAUUGAAUGACAUUAUCUCUGGCUCCAAAUAGCUUAAAUGCUAAUAAAUAGCUUUUAAAAAGUGAA